GCCGAGCAAGCCCACGGCGGCUUCCUCUCGUCUGUCGGAUCUUUCUCCGUUGAGUAAAGUAAAAAAGUGUGCAGUGUUGGUGCUGGUGUUUUUUAUUUUUCGUUAUUUUUUUACUCGAAAAAAAGUAAAUAAAUACAACCCGUGAGUGUAAUAUUGUGUAUCGCCCGAAGAUUCGAAACGAGCUUUGCCAAAAUGAGAACGUAACAAAGGGUUAAAGUUAAAUCAUCAGGAGAUAAAGAAAGAAAGUUAGCCGCGCAGAAAUGCAGGGAGGAUGAACGAGCAUCACAGCAGGCACAUGAUGAUGCCGCACAGCCACUCGACGCCGGCUGGUGUCGAUGGGGGUAGCCGCACACCACCUGCGACCCCUCGGAAGGCUGGCAAAAUGCUUGCCUUCAGGAUACAGAUGCUUGACGAUUCAGUCACCAUUUUCCAAGUACAGGCAAAAGCAUUAGGCAGAAUGCUGUUCGAUCAAGUGUGCAAACAGCUGCACCUCCUAGAGGCGGACUACUUUGGUCUCGAGUAUCAGGAUUCUAAUGGGACAAAGUACUGGCUGGAUCUGGAGAAACCAGUUUGCAGGCAAGUGGGGCUGUCGCUGGUCGAUCCGCUCCUAAGGUUUUGCGUCAAGUUCUACACGCCCGAUCCGGCGCAACUCGAGGAGGAGUUUACUCGCUACCUGUUCUGCCUGCAAAUCAAGCGUGACCUCGCCCAGGGCCUGCUGCAGUGCAACGACAACACUGCCGCUCUCAUGGCCAGCUAUAUUGUACAAGCCGAAUGCGGUGAUUACGUAGCAGAGGACUAUCCAGACCACACGUACUUGUCAACGUAUAAAUUCGUGCCGCAUCAGGACAACGAGCUGGAGCGACGGAUAAUGGAGAAUCACAAGAAGCACGCAGGUCAGUCACCGGCUGAAGCGGAUCUAAAUCUUUUGGAAACUGCUAGACGUUGCGAGUUAUAUGGCGUUAAAAUGCAUCCUUCCAAGGAUCACGAGGGUGUACCGUUGAAUUUGUCUGUAGCGCAUAUGGGUAUUAUAGUCUAUCAAAAUUAUACGAAAAUCAGCACGUUUAGUUGGGCAAAAAUCCGGAAGAUUAGUUUCAAGCGGAAGAAGUUUUUGAUUAAACUUCAUCCUGAAGGCUACGGUUACUAUAAGGACACGGUCGAGUUUUUCUUCGAUAGUCGUAAUGAGUGUAAAAACUUCUGGAAAAAAUGCGUAGAGAAUCACGGUUUUUUCCGAUGUUCAAUAGUGAAACGAGUAAUACGACAGAAAACUCGAGUACUAAGCCGUGGAUCUUCCUUCAGGUACAGUGGCAAGACGCAAAAGCAGAUUGUCGAAUUCGUACGCGAUAAUUACGUGAAGCGUCAGACGUUCCAGAGGUCCAAUUCGUUCCGGCAGACUAGCAGUGGUAGGGCAUUGCAGGGCUCGGAGGGGGGAGGCUAUCGUGGGGCCACAUCAAGCAGCUCCCUUUUGGGCAGCUCCAGCAUCUCUGCCCACCCCCUCCUGCCCCUCGGCGAUCCUGCACUGGAAACACCGGCUCUGUCUCUGUCGUGCGGCUCGAUGACGCUGGAUUCUCCGACGACUGCGACGAGUGUCUCGAUGACCGGGACGAUGGGUCACCGUCGCGACGACACAGCUAUGUCCUAUCGGACGCUCACCUCUAUCGACGUCCAUUCACCAGCUACGCCCUACCAGGUCCAAGUACCAUCACAUGUUAUCAGUCAACAUCAAUAUCAGCAACAUCAGCAGCAAGCCAGGAUUGUCUCCACAGGUCGUAUCAGUCCCACUAACAGCAGUCCCCCUGAAUUCCCAGCGCCAAAGCGACCCUUAACAAGGUACUCGUGGCAGCGCUCGGCGAGCUGUCGCGAGCUGUGCGCGACUAAUUUCGAACCGAUUAAUCCAAGCGCAACGGCGAGUAAGACAAAGGAGCCGGAUUUAGGUCUUGCUGGCAUCCAGCUGCCGUCGCAGAGCGAGCUCGAUAGACCGGUCACGCGCUACGACGAAAGCCAUCGCUCGUACAGCGUGGCGAGCUCCAAGCAUCCUUCGCUGGAGCGCGAUACGGUGCCUGAUAAGAUUUACAGUAGCUCUUACCCAGGCGCUUCGUCGCUCUCCACCGAGUCUGGUCAUGAAGGUUCCGCCCACGCUGGUGACUUGUCACACGACGAUUUGUCGCAUGACUCGUACGAGCUGCUGGAGCGCGAGAAUGAAUUCGAGUAUCCUGAGUCUUACUCCAGUGUCCAGGAGAACAACGAAUCGGCCUCCGAACAAAGCGAUGAAGGCAUUGAACCCGAAAUGUUUCAAAUGGACUCGGAGACCGAAUCGUUCAUCAAACAAAAAUCUAUUAGAUCUACCGACAAGCAGCUCUUUCAGAGUGUCCUCGAGGAUAUUAAGUGCUCAAAGAAUGACAAAUCGAUCGAUCAAUACACAGCUACGGUCUUCCAAAAUGAUAAUGAAUUCGUGGUUUUCGAAUCGCGUAUUCAUCGCACAAAUACACAAAUCGAGCAUAAAUUUGAGAAACGCCAUACUAAUUCAAUCGAUCAGCAACAGACCAAUAAACAAUCGAAUCAUGAAUUUAAUAAGAUUGAUCCCGUAAUACAACAGGUUCAGAAACAAAAAGUAAACAUGCUGAAUGAACUUAAAAGUAUCAAACCAAAACACAAAAUAACUCACGUUGACUCAGAACUCUUAAGAGAAAAGGGUAUAAUGAGGUCAAAAUCACGAAUCGAUGACGAUCUAAGCCCUGAUCUGAACAGAGCGAGUAGACAAACUAGAGCAAGAAGCACUACUAGUCUCGAGGAAAAUCAACAUCAAAAACAAUUCGUGGAAACAGGAAGUUUAGGUCGGGCAAUGAAAACAAAAGAGAUGAAGGCUCGAGAAGCGGAAAUAAAAGUUGACGAAAUUGUAUCUAAAAUGCAAGAAAAGGAGCGUAAACGUGUCGAGCGUGAGAGAUCACGAGAAGCACGCAAAGCGGAAAAGGACCCUCGUGGAUCGGUUGAGAAAAUGCAUUCCAAAGAAACUAGACGAAAUGCAGAAUUACGUCGAAGUUUGGAAAGAAUUGAAGCUCGUGAGAGAAGUCUUGAACGACUAGACUUCGAACGAGAAAGACGAGCAAGCUGUCGUAGCGAUUUCCGUGAUUAUCGAAGGAGAAGUACCGAGUAUUUAGAUACGCGAGAAUUUCGGAAAAGUAUGGAUAGUCUAGAUAAUAAGAGUUACAGAAGUCAUCGUCGGGAGAGACGGGAACGCAGUUACGAUCGUUUGGAUUCUAGACGUAGUCCAGGUCGUAGUCCUUUAUCAGAACACGAAUAUAGGCAUUAUUACGAUUGCCAGGAUUCCGGUAGUAUACGGAGUCCCCUAGGCAAACCUAGAAAUAAGAGCGCCGAUAGAAUUGACAAAGACAGGUCUAUUUUCGAUUUUGAUCCAAAAGCCAUUGAAAGACUCAAUUCUUUUGAACGAUACGAAACGAGCAAAAAAGAAAAGAGGAGGGGCAGUCGAAAGGGUUCCAGUCCAAAAGACAGAAGAAGAAGUGAAGGGGUAGAAUACGAUACGAGUAUAGAGUAUCAAGAAAUAAGACGUUACAGUGAACAAAUUGACAAGCUUAGAGAAGAUAAACCUAGAGAACGCGAUGAUUGGAAAAGCUUAGAGAAGGCAAGAAAAGAGGAAGAACGAAGAGAAAAAGAACGCUUAUCAAAGCUGUCUAUGGAGUCAAGGACAGAGACCGUCAUUGGUAUUCCAGGUGAACGGGAUAAAUCGAAAACUGUUUUCACUGAAUACGAUCCUAAAGUUGUUGAUGGCAUUGUUGUUGGUUUUCCUGACGAUCCAACAGAUGUAAGUCAUAACCCAAUUGAAAGAACUAAGAGCGAUCCUAAUCCUCCAAGGCAAAGACUUGGAUCAAAUAGUAAACGGCACAUGUUGAUGCAUCAGAAAUCAAUUGAUCUUACACCGGCUGAUUCUGGGGAUGAAGAUGCAUUUGGAGAUAAUAUAGCUCGAAAAUCAAAUGCUGAUAUACCUUACACGCUUCAUAAACGUCAUGUGAUGAACGGGACAGCAUCUGAUGAAAAAUCUGACACAGAUGGAUUGAAACUUAGUAAGAUUACUGCAAAAAUUAUUGCAAAAGAAUUACCUAAGUUACCUUUGAAGCAUGUCACAGAUGUCUCACUCGCUGACUUAACAAAAUUAUCACCGGAACAACCUCGUAGUAUUCUUAUAAGUCCUGAAAAGCCAAAAGUAGCUUUAAGCCCUUCUGACAAAUUGAAGUCUAUAAUAACUUCAAAGCUUUCGCCAAGUGUCUCACCCGACCCAAGUCCAAAAAUGAGUCCAACAAAACAAACCAAAGAUAGAGCAUCUUUGAAAUCAAGUUCUUUAGAUAAAGUAAAAACAGAACCUUCUAUUACGGCAACUAUCAGGCCUAAAUCUCAAAGUCUAGACAAAAAGCAUAUGAAACUUUCGCCGACAGAUCCUAGUGUUACAAUUUGUUCAACUUUAGAAAAAAUAUCACCAAAAUAUCUAUCGCCAACUGAUCCAACAGUAUCCAUUAUUUCAUUUCUUGAAAAGCGAUGUUCUCCAGAUUCUAGCUCGAGAAGCCCAAGUCUUUCGGAACGAUCAAAAGUUGGAUUUGCUGAUGUUGUCGAAUUAGGAGUAAAACAAGACAUGAAACGACGAGAGAGACAGUUUCCUGAUGAAAGUUGGGAGAAGGAUAGCAUAGAGAAUAUACCCCUCCCGGAUAUUCCUGAUGCUGAAAAAUCAAAACUUACCUGCAUCAAAAAACCACCCAUUCCGGAAAAACAAUCAUCUACAUUCACCACUCGUCAAAAACCAAGUAGACUCAUUGUCACAGAUCACUCACAUGAUGAGGUAUACGAAAGUGACAGUAGAAUAUCGGGUUCAACAUCUCCGAAACCACCACCAUCUCCUAAAAAGUCAAAACUCAAAGGUUAUGAAAAACCUAGUAUACCAGAAAAAACGAAACAAAUUUUAGACAGAAUAGAAUCACGAUUUACAGAAGCUAACAUGAGAAAACCGAAAAUUAUUGAUACUGGAUAUGAUGAUUUUGUUGAACCUGUGGCUGAUUUACCACUUGACGAUGUUCCGGUAAAACCUACAUUAGAAUUGGAUAGCCUUAAAGUUCCUGAAUUCACGCCGUUUAUGUUUAGACCUCAUGGUGAACCAAUGAGAUCUAAAUCGUUAUCGUUGGCAGAGGAAAAAGCACCUAUCGAUACACUGUUAUCACCUGAAGCAGAAAAUAAGAGUUUUACGCAAGAUGUUUCGCCUAAACGAAUGAAAAAGACGAAAUCAGGUCCAGUAAAAAAAGAUUUCAAAAAACAAUCAAAAUCCCUUGAAGGAGAUAAGCCUACUUUGAAAAAGAGCGGUUCAAAAGAAUUGAAAACAUCUCCUUCAAGUUCUAGAAUAGACAAAUCAAAACUAAAAGGUGAUAUGCCUCAAGAAAUUAUAAUUAUAGAUUCUACAGAUAUUCCUCCAAGUGAGAUUAGCAUAAUUCAGAAAGGAAGAUCAAAAUCUGUUAGUAGAUUAUCAGAUAAAAUUUAUGAAGAAACAGGUAAACCUAGAUCCAAAUCAGCUUCUGUUGAUGAUGAAUUGAUUAAAAUGGUUACAUUAUUUAAAGAAAAAACUAGACCUAAAUCUUUAGGUAUUUCGAAAAGCUUGGGUAGUACAGAUCGAAGAGAUUCUACUGAAAAAUUAUCCCCGAAACGUUUAGUUGGUGUUAAAGUUUCACCAAAAGUGUCUCCGAAAGUGUCUCCAAAGGUAUCUCCGAAAGUAUCACCGAAAAUGUCACCUAAAACUUCUCCAAAAGUAUCACCGAAAGCAUCUCCGAAAAUUUCACCGAAAGCUUCUCCAAAGAAAAAAAUAAAACAAAUCAAAAUAGAACGUGAUGAUUCUAAAUCUGGAAAAAUUAUAGUUAUAGAACGACAUAAACCAGGACUGCCAGAAAAAUCUGAUGUAAAAAAGAUUGAAGCAAAAAAAUUACCGCGUGACCAACUGUCUGAUGUAGCAAAAGUAAAAUCUGAAAAAUUAACUGAAGAAAGACGAUUGAUAAGCGAUUUUAAUAAGGAACCCGUUAUUCUUCGUAAGAUAGGUCAAAGUCCUGUCUUAUUUACUCGUCUAGGUUUAUCGGAAGGAAGUGGUGUUGGUGCCUUACAAAGACAAGAAGCUACGCAAUCUCCAACAUCUCAAAGAAGAGCAAAAUCUUUGGAUGCUCCGGUCAUAUCCGUAAACCGGCUACCUCCGGCUAAUGCUUUUUCGAGCAAAGAUGAUACCGUUGAUGUGAAUGAAGAAGUUGAUGAUAAAGACAGAUCGAAUGAUUUUACAGUUGCAGAAAAAUCUCCAAUACAAAGGCAACGAUCAAUGCACAUAGACUGUAUACCUAACUGUAGAUCUAAUAGUAAUGAUCACACAACAUUGCCAGAAAUAUCAACAGACUUGCUUUCGAAUACUGAAGUAUCAGCUCCAUAUUCAGAAUCUCCAUUGACUGAAAAUCAUAAAAUAGUACCUUGUUCAGAUUUAAUAUUAGAUGAUUCAGAAAUUCAACAAAAAUUAUUGAAUUUAGAUAUGAAAGAAGUUCAAGCAUCUGACAUUAAAGAUGCUUCUCAAACUAAAUUCAUUGAUCAAAGGUCAGAGGCAAAUGUAGAAGUUAAACCUGAAGUUAAAAAGUCAAAGUUCUCUCUUAAAAAAAUACAAUCUGAUAAAAAAUUGAGUGAAAUCGUAAAAAAGUUUGUUAAAGUCGAGAAAGCUAAGGAACAAGAGGAAGAAAAGGAAAAAGAAGAAAAAGAGAAGCUUGAAAAAAUGAAACAAAAGCUAAUUGAAGAACAAAAAGAGAAACAAAAUCUAGUGAGAAGUGAAGAAAAGAUAGAAAAACAACCGGAAAUGAUGAAAGAAAAGGCUAGAGUUAUCGGAUAUCGAUCAAAAGAUGUUUGCAACACUGUACCAAAUGUUACUGUGAGUCCGGCUCAUGACCCAGCGCAGGGACCAAGUCGAACUUCUAGAGAAGGUACCUUGACACCAGAUUUUAGUGAAUAUCCUCCGGAUGGACCAGAUAUGGCGAAGUCACUAAUUCAAAUAUCGAUUGAAGAAUGUUCUGAUGAUGACAGAGAUAGAAGUAUUGGAAUAGAUCAGAAUACUUAUGAAAUAGAACCAGGGAAAAAGAAGAGAUUAGAUUCUGGUGGCGAUGACAGCGAAGAUACUUUAGAUGCCCUAGAUACGCAAAUACAGAUGCAGGCCAUUGAUAGUGGGAUGAGCUCACCCGAUUAUGGUAUAGAUAAAGGAGAUGAAAAGACUCUCGUGGAAGUUGAAUUAACACCGGAGUAUCUAGACAUGCGCAGAGAUGAUGAUGAUGGAGCAGAAGAACUUCCAGAAGAUGAGCCUGAUGAUAAUAGGCUUAGCGUAGAUAAAAAGGGUAGACUUAGUACUGAACGAUCGAGGAGUGAAGAAACAAUGACAUGGACACCUGAUCGAGAAGAUCCUGACUCCAGCUCUUGUUCAAUAGCCCGUCCUCUAGGAAUAGGACAGGGUCAACCUAUUGUUGAUUGUCAGGAAAUAGCUAGAAUUAAAGAAGCUCGUAAAGAAACUUCAUUAGAAGACGAAAGUAGUAGUAGUUCAGUUCAACCAGGACUACCUCGAGCUCACAUGAGUUCAGCUUGGAGACCUUUUCCUUUAGAAAGUUCUGGUAGUUCAAGUUUGGAGGAAGGUUGGAUACCUCAUGACGACAUAAAUUGUCAACAGAUAGAAGAAGGUAGUGGCCCAAAUGAAGAUAGCUUUCAAGAUGAUUUGGCAGAUAUGCCUGGAGGCUUUUCUUAUCCUAUCGGACCGGAAAUUCUUGCAAGCUAUGGUGCAUUUUCAUUAUCAAGAACUUUAUCGAGAAUUUCCGAACGCUCAACAACAUCUGAACAAGACAGAAGUGAUCUCGAAGACUCUUUCAAACCGAGUUCGAGAUCUCCUAGUCUCGAUGAUGAAUCCAUUAUGUCUAGUGACCACCAGCCUUCUCUGUCUUCUGAUCCUCCUUCAGCAGCUGCUGUACUCUCAAUGUCUGAAGAUCGGAGAACCUCUUCAGAACUUCCUGAUAUCCCUAUCGAUAUAUGUAGUCGAGACGAGGAUGGUAAAUCUCCAAAGACUAAAAGAUCAAGAUUGCAAUUACAAUCUUCUGAAGAUUGGCCUUCACCACCUAGUUCUUCAAUAUUUGAAACGCCAGUAGUGAGUCACGUAGAGACAUUUUAUAUGGAGAUCAAGCCUGAGGAAGCUGUAAAAGUAAACGUCACCGAUAGUACAGAUACUCCAGGAACACGUAAUACACAAAAUAGUGAUUCUAGCGAUGAAAAUCGAACUCUACACGAUGAUUUACAGUCAACUCUUCAAGAAGAUAAUCAAAGCUCAUCGGCAACAAUAGAAGGAACAGUGAGAGCUGCUGUGAGACCUCGUUCAGGUUCUCAUGUUACAGGUUCUGGCUCACAUAGUGAAGACACUUCAAUGGGUUUAUCAAUGUCUGAAUGGUCAAGCUCAAACAAUACUGUCUUACAAUUUUGUCAAUAUUCUGGCACAAAAUCUGACGAUAAUUCUUUAGCCGAAUUAGGUGCUUCAAUAUCGGAUUGGUCAGGUAGCACAACCAUUAUACCUCAACAUUUUUAUGCCAUUAUUGGCGGUGACAAGAGCCAAAGUGAUACAACUACUUCGGAAAAAAGCGGAACAAGUAUGAGACCUAAUUCCAAGUGCCAAAUAAUAGAAAGUCCAAGUCUUCCAGGUAUGGUUGAAGAAUAUAAUGAAGCCCAAGCUUUACCAGAAGAAGUCACAAGUUAUCAAGAUGUUGAAAAAGACGAAUUUGACGAAGCAAGAAAGUUCGUCGAAAGUCAAUUUGACGAAAUGCAGAGACAACAAUUUGAAAAUGAAUCUCUUACAAUGACACAAGCUUGUGAGAUUUCUCCACCGAAAAUUACAUUUAGAAAUUAUGAUGAGGCCAUUGAAGAAAACUACGAUGUAUUGCCAGAUAUUGUUGAUCUUCCUGGACCUAUACUAGAAGAAGAUGAAUCUCAACUUUAUGACAACGUUCCAGCAAUGCGAUAUCCAAGCGGUGAUCAAAUUCGUAUGGAGGUUAAUCGAGGUGAUAGCUCGGAGGAUAUGCAUGAAGGUUUUGCUGGAUUUUCAUCAAUAUCACGAUCCCAAGAUGAUGAUUGGUCUGUCAAUGAGCAGCGUCCUCUACCUGAAGAUAUUCGCGGUAAACAUAAAUUCGACAGAGCACGAUCUGAUCCAGCUCAAGAUUCACGACGAAUGGGAACGAAAUCGACUGAGAGACCAGUUCUAGUUCCAACCAGAGCAAAGUCAACACCUUAUUAUUCAACGACAAGCCUGAGUGGUGAAUCAACUACAUCGAGUCCGCCUAUGCCUAUAAAAGCACAAAUAAGAACAAAGACAUUACCUUACCCAGUGGGUAAAAGUCCGCAGAGUGAAGGUGACACAUCAUCAAGUAUGGACAGUCCAGCUCAUACACCUGAUCGUGGUCAACGAGCAUUUAGAAGAAAGAAACAACAAAAAAGACAUCGUGUGGUCGUUGACUUGGAAAUAAAAGAUGGUCAAAUUGUUUCGAGUACUGAUUCCAGUUUUGACGUUGCUACUCUACCACCUCCAUUACUACCAGAGCAGAGUAUCGAUGUCGAAGACGAAGAAAUCGAGGAAGAAACAGAAUUCAACAGAAGACAAGAUCACUAAUAGAAACAACGAAAUAUGCUAUAGAUUUGGGAUAAAUAUCAGAACCAUCUAUAUAAUGGUUUAGUAAAGUAAAAUUACGAGUCAAUCGAAUAGUAAUAAAGUCAAUCGAGUCAAACAAAGUACAUAUGCAUUUCCAAAUAAAGGAAUUGAAUUGAAGUCACGUGGAAUUGAUGAAAAUUGACUUUAAUAAAAUACAAAUAUUACUAGAAACUGACACACCAAUAAAUCAAGCAGAAAAAAAUGCUUAAUCUUGUAAAUAUAAGAGCGAAGCAUAGUAAAACUAUGUUGACGCUACGAAAUAAUAAUGAUCAAAAUAAUCCGCAUAAUUAAUAAUAUAAGCAUUCUGGUUGAAAAAUUCGUUACGUGUCCAUGUGGGAAUUUGGCUGACACGUUAUUUUGCACGUGAAUUUUUUUAUUAAUUGAAUUAUUAUUGGAUGAUCAAAGAACAGACGAAUUACAAGUAAAUUAUGUGUUUUAUGAGACGACAAUCAUCGCUGAAAAAAUGGACAAAACUAAUCUGGCUAUGAUGAGUGCCAAAACAUGAGCGUAAAAGUCGCUCAAAAUAAUAAUAUAUAUCCUUGUUCUUAUCCUGGAACUUCCAUAGUAUGAUAAGUAGUUUAGGUAUUCAUUUUUCAAUCAAUUAUUAAUUCAGGAUACUAGAUCUUGACCAAAUCGAAUGAAAAAAAAGUCGACGUUUGACAGGUGGUUCUCAAACCAUACAAAGGGAAUACAAUCAAUCGUCACAGCCUUUUCGAAAAGUUCACGAGCGAUUUCAUUGUUUGUCCUCGUUAAACACGACGGCAUCGAGUAGGUUUGAAAGGAAAAACUUUACGAGGCUAAAGCCCAGUAAACUUUCGUUUUGAAUUGCGUGCCUAGUUUUGAUACCGUUUUCAUCGUGCACAUUUUUAUAUAAAAGGAACGGGCAGAGCAAAGCGAUUUGUUAUAUUCUACCCUACUUAUUCUCUACCCUCUUCUAAGUGAUUGAUUUCAGUGUGGGGUAAUUGCAUUUGCGAAGCAGCGUUUCUUUCUUGUGAAAGUAAGGAACAGUGGAGAGAGAAAAAAAUCAAUUUAACGGCGGUAAAAUUAUGUCUGAAUCGAUAAAAAUACGUAGCAUAUAGGUUAGGUAGAUGAUACAUUUAUAGGUAUAUUCGAUGUUCAAGACGAAUAAUAAUUUGAGCAAAAGUGAUAUUGAAUUAUUUAAUUACGUUUUGAAGACUUUAGUAGUAGAUUUUAUCAGUGGAAGUAGAGUGUCUUUCAUUCGUCAUCGAGUUUCUUAUGGUUACAGCUGCAACAAAAUGAGGCUUGACGUUUGUUUAUCGGAUGCAUUGUGUAUUAAUCGACCGAUUUUCAGUGCUUUUUAGUAGCUUACUUAAGAGCUGUAUUGUAAACUGACCUUGAGCAAGAGAUUUGGUUAUUUAUCAAUUGUUAAUGUGUUGAGACUGUUUUUAGGGUCAGAAGACCUAAAUUAUCCUGUUAGUUAAUGUAUGGUGUGUCCUAAACAAUUUUUUUUAUUUACGUGUACAAUAAUGGAGAAAGCAUGCCAUUGCGUCAAGUUGAUUGUAAAAACGUCAUAAAAUACUAAACCAAUCAUUGUUAUCUUUUAAUUUUAUUAUUCUUAUAUCACAUAGCAUUUCUUUAAUCCAUCAAGCACUCAUCUUUUCUAUCUAGGAUACCGACAUUAGAUUUCUCAAAUGUCAUGUAAUGAUUGCAACGAUAAAACCUGUAGAAUUUUUUGAAAGUAUAAUACUUAUUGGAUGCAACGUUGCAACAUUAUUCGUGUAAUGCUGUUGAUUCAUGGCAAUAAAAAUUUUGAUAAGACUUUUACAAAACAUAAACUCAUGUGGAAAGUAUUUUUAUGCCUGAAAAGUUAGCUGAGUUUUGAUAUUCAGUUAAUCUCAUUCUUAAUUAUACAUGAAUACUAAAAUAGUGUAAUUUACUAUUGCCGUGAAUUAACAAGUCUAAAAUCUUUAAUUGCACUUGAUGCCUUAAAAAAUGAUGACAGUUGAUCCUGUAAUUGCACACGAUCUACCACUUUAUAUUCUUGUUUCGUCAUUUUAUCCAUUGAAUUUACUCUUAUUUUUCUUCCAUUGCUCAUCGAAUUUUUUUUUUCUCGCCCAACAAGAGUUCAUGCAAACAUUAAUAAAUCAUUAUAAAUUAUGACGUAUUAAUAUUAAGAAAUUUAGCAUAAAAUGGCACCCGUAGCGUGUCUUUAUUGGCCGGAAUGAACUUUAUGCCGUGUUAUAAUCGCCAAACUCUCUUCUUUUUGUAAAAAGGUAAAGAUAAAGAAGGAUGUGUAUAUUCUAUACAACAGGUUUUAAUAGAGGCACAAAGUUGUCCGGCACGUCUCGUUGAAUUUAUUUGGCUGUUUCAGUAUUAGCGAAGGUGAUUGAUAUUUAUAGUCAUUACCAUAAUUGAUAUCUCGACUCACAAUAGAUAUUUAACGUAACGAAAAGGUCACAAUUACACUUACAAGUUAGAGGAACAAGGUAUUAAUAGCAAGAUCAAGAGAAUUUUAAACGUGAAAAGACAGAAAAAUAACAAAUCAGAGCUUAUAUACAUACAUACACGUUCCCCUAUAGCAAAAUUACUCUUUGCGCGGUUGAGGCUUUUCCAGAGAUACACCGAUAUGUUGAAUUUCAUCUGCACAUCUCGCUCUCGAGAGACUGAUACAUUGUAAAAAUCAUUCAGAUUAAAUAAAUAAUCAAACGUUUUACCAUCGCGCGGAGUAAAUUUUUACAGUGUGUAGUCAAAGUCAUAUCGAGGCACAAUUUCAGUUGACCCUCUUCGCCCUUCAUCCAUUCACAUCGGUAGAUCAAUCACAUAUAAUCCGUCGUAAGGAAAGAUGAGCUUCCACGUGAAAGCAAAGCUCAGUUAAAGACGAAGGUGCUUCU